AUGUUCAUCAGCGUAUGCGCCCUCCAGGUCAUAACGAACUUCAUCAACACCCAGCUUCGCCCAGCGGAGACUUGCCUCAUUUGCACCGACGUCUUUGGUAAAGACCACCAGCCUGCCGCAUUACCCGGUUGUGGACAUGUCUUCGGUCAUCUCUGCAUCCAAAAAUGGAUGCGCACAGGUCGUGGGAACAGCAACUGCUGUCCAAGUUGCCGACGUGCCAUGUAUGUUCGAGACACAAAGCGUUCCUUCGAUGCCUCCUCAAUCUGGAAGGCACUAUGCGAGCAGCCUCCAGAGCGGCUCCACACGUUCAUGGCUCAUAUCUGGUCUGGGGUACGAACCUUAUGGCAGCGCAAGUCCAAUGGCAAGUUCACUGUGACCGAACUCCUAGAUGUCGCCAUCAUCCCAGCUCUCGUACAGACUGCAAACCCUAAUGACGCUCGACGAGUUCUCGACAACGAUCCUCUUCUCGACUGUUACAAUCUCAUCGCUGCAUCCUGGGACUCUCUCGGUCGCCCGGACGUUGCGAUUGGUCUUGCUAUCCCCCUCGUUCGUCUGACGCGUUUGAUGUCGAGCGCGAGCAGCACAGUGCCGAAGUGGCUGACGACAGUGCCACGAACGAAUCGCUUGUUUUGGAAAGCAAACGCGUCUCUCGGCCUCACUGAUUGCGACAUAUCGUGGAAUACUAUCAUAAGUGCGUCGCAAGAUGUCACUAGCACUGCAAACUUUUCACUUCUACAUCUGUACACGGUGCUUGUCUCUCAAAGCAUCAGUCACAAUGCGCAGCCAGAUGUGUGGCCGACGCGACGGCACGAAGUCAUGAACCUGGUGGUUGACCGGUGUUGCAAGAAGAUUGUCGGAGAUAAUUGGACUGGAAGACCGAGCAAUGAGUUUAAGGAUGUGCUUGUGGCCGUGUUCGAGGAUUUGAGGAGGUUUCAAUUGAACAAGAAAAAGCGGAGCUUGAGAGGGCAUGAUGGCGAGGAAAGUGUGGUGAAGGGUAUAUGGGCAUUGGCUGGCUGGAGCGUGAGCAGAUGA